GAAGCAGCCGUGAGGAGGUCGGGAAGCUCUCACCCAGAGAGCUGCUGCCUGUUCCUGGGACACCUGGGAUGGAAGGAAGCGGUGCAGGCUUCCUCCAGUGUGCUCAGGGAGCAGAUGCCUGGAGGCCGGCCAGUGGUGCAUAAUGCAGCGUCUUGGACCUAGAGUUCCCUAGGAGGAGAAGGCUACUCAAAAUCCAGCUUUGCCGGCAAAUCUUUUCUCCAAGAACACAGAGGCGGUCUUCCAGCUGCAAACAUUGUCACCCCUGGUUAGUUCUCUGGGGCCCCACCCUUUGGCUCCGGCUACUUCGGGGAGAUCCUAAAGCCGGAAAAGCUGGGUGACUCUCGGCUGCUACAAUUGGCACCUAAGCACACCCUAUCCUCUCUGUAGCCAAGUAUGGUGAUUUUGUCCUGGCUUCUUUCCGGUUUCAUCUUGGCUUUUCUUCACUUUGCCAGAUCAGAGAAAUGCAAAGUCAGCACAGAAAGUCAACAUUUUGUAGCAGGGCAGCCUUUUGCUCUUUCUUACACAAUCAUAGAAGUGAAGAACAAUCAUGGGAAUGUGACUUGCUAUAAAAAUUCAAGCGAAACUCCAAUAACUCUGGAUAGAAAUUCCAGAGUCCACCAGUAUCUGGGUUGGAUUUUAUUUCUUCCUUUGACAUUGGAAGACUCAGGAAUAUAUCAAUUUGUCAUAAGGGAUUUAGGUAGCUGUCAGAAAAUCUUCGUGAACCUAACUGUUCAAAAUAGGAGUAGUGGUUGGUGUGGUGAUUCCAACAAAGACCUAGCAGGGCUAGCAGAUAAUCACAACCAACAAACAUUAUAUUUGGGGACAACUAGCAUUCUUGUAUGCCAUAUAGUUACCCUUCCAAACAGUACUUUAAGCCCAACACAGUGGUAUAAGGAAUGUAAGCCUAUUGGAGACAAAAAGAAAUAUAUUUCAAGGCAUUUGGCUCUCUAUAUAGAAAAUACAUCAACUGAGGAUGCAGCAAAGUAUUUAUGCAGAACAAAGCUAACAUACAUGGGAAAACAUUAUGACAUUUUAAAUAGAAUUUCUACAACUCUAUUAAACAAAAUAGGAGGAAGGAAAGAACCUGAAAUUAUCUAUCCAAGAAAUAAUUCCAUUGAAGUACAGCUUGGUUCUCCUCUUAUUGUAGACUGCAAUAUAAAGGAUGGGAAAGAGAAUUUGAAUCAUAGAAGUUGGAGUGUCAAUGGCACUUUGGUGGACUUUCUCAAUUCUACCCGAAUUAAAGAAGGAAUUGAAUCAAAUGUUUCUUGUGGGGAAAAAUACUAUUUCUAUACUGUAAAUAUCAGCUUCUUAGAGGUGAGACAAGAAGAUUAUAAUCGUCCGUUUAUAUGUAUGUCUGGAUCAUCAGCAGCAUUUAUUAUGUUCAAGCAUCCAGCUCCAAAUGUUCAAGGAUACCUGAUAGGAGGGCCCAUUGUUGUGUUGUGUGUGAUUGUGUUUGUUAUGUGCACAUACCACAUUGUCAAGGUUGACAUUGUGCUUUGGUAUCGGAGCACCUUUCAUUCUACUUUGAGUAAAGAAGAUGGCAAGCUCUAUGAUGCUUAUGUUUUGUAUCCAAAACCUAAAAUUGAAAGCCAGAACCAAGAAAUGAAUAUUUUGGUACUGAAGAUCCUACCUGAAGUCUUGGAGAGACAGUGUGGAUACAGGCUGUUUAUAUUUGGAAGGGAUGACUUACCAGGACAAGGAGAUUGCAAAUCAUCCUUUGUAGAGAAGAAAAAUGGUGACACAAAAACAACUUACACAGUGACCUCAGCUGACAAUGUAUGCAGCAUUCUGCCUAAUUGUAGAGUCCUCUGCCUAACUACCUAGAGCAGAGAAGCAUGUUUCAUUUCUUCUCUGGGUCCAAAUAAUUAUUUUGAUUACUUGGAGUUCAGCUUCCUUUUGGUGUUCUGUUCACUUACAUUAUUGUAGUUAUUUUCUAUAUUAUUCUUUGGACUCUUUAUUUCCUCUCUAUGUCAGUUAUAGAUAUCUAUAUUAGAAUGCCCAAUUCAUAUUGCCACAAACCUAAGCACUAACCUGGAUGAAUAGUGAAGUAAAAAUAUAGACUAUAUUGGCCAUCAGCUCACCCAGGCUAGCUGGGUACACAAGACAUUGUGUAGCUACUGAUGAAGAGUAUUGAUGAGACACAGUGGUGAGCUAUAUGUCAUCCUCCAUUUUUUAAAGUUGUGAUAUAACUAUGUUGUUAUAGGAGUAAAUUUUUUGACUGAGAGGAAAAUGUAGUUCUAUAUCCGUUCAUACAAAUCUUCCAUUAUUUCUUUAAGUUCUUUGUGCUUGUAAUUAUACUUCAUUAUAGGCAUUAUUCUACAAUUUGCUUAGCAAUAUUCCUUGAUAAUUCAAUGCCUAUCCCUCUCAUCUUCCAGUGAGUGUCAUUGACAGUUGAUUAGAGAAGGGCAAAUUUACAAUUUUCUCUCCCCUCCUUCUUCCCCUAGUUCUGGGUUAAGCGUUUACUGCCCUUAUCAGCACUUCUUAUGGGCCUAGAACUAACCCUAUAUCCUUCUGGUUGAACCCAUGUAUCCUUCCGAGGCUACCUGAGUGGAGUUAUUCAGUUUACACAGGGCUGCUUCCCCUGACAUUGGAGCAUCAUAAGAGCCUAGAUUCCAGGUAGAAGGGACCUUAUGGUCAUUAAAACUAAGUCUCUCAUUUAACAGGUGAGAAAAUUGAAGUCCAUUAAGGUUCAUUGAAUUGCCUAGUCACAAAGUUAGUAAGUUUCCAAGUUGGGAUUCAAACCAAGGUCUUCUUGAAUUUAAGGUCGAUAUUUGAACCAGUAGAGUAGGCCCCAUUCUCUCCCAUGGUAGAAUAGGAAUACUUCCAAGAAAGCAGGAUAGAUGGAGGGAAGCCAAGCACUACCUCCAUGAGAAUUGCAGUACACCAAGAAGAGGUAAAUUUAUAGUCUCUGCUACAUGUAUGCUGAUGGCCAAUAUAAUCUGUAUCUUUACUUCACUAUCCAUCCAGGUUAGUGCUUUGGUCUGUGGCUAUAUGAAUUGGCCUUAUGACAUUCUAAUUUUAGACCAGAUCAGACUUUUAAAGAGGUAGAAAAACUCAACCUUAAUUCAGUGAGCAUUUAUUAAGCUCCUACUAUGUUCCAGUUAUUGUGCUAGGUCCUGUAUAAAUUAAAAAGGAAAAAAAAAACAGUCCUUAGUCUCUAGGAACUUCUAUUCUAUGGAGGGAAUAGUAUACAAGGAUAAGCAGUUAUGAAAUAUAUACAAAGUAAAAAUAAAAGUGGGCAGCUAGGUGGCACAAUGGGUAGAGCACUAGACCUGGA